CAAAAGGAUACCAAUAUACCAAUAUAUGACAGCAAAAGAAUACCAAGAUACCAACAUACAACAGCAAAAGGAUACCAAGAUACUAACAUACGACAGCAAAAGGAUACCAAGAUACCAACACCAACAUAUGACAGCAAAAGGAUACCAAGAUACCAACAUAUGACAGCAAAAGAAUACCAACAUACUAACAUACGACAGCAAAAGGAUACCAAGAUACCAACAUAUGACAGCAAAAGGAUACCAAGAUACCAACAUAUGACAGCAAAAGGAUACCAAAAUACCAACAUACAACAGUAA